AUGCGAUCUACGCAAAGAGCCCCUCGCAGCUGUAGCGAGUGUACAAGCCGGAAAAUCAAAUGCAAUAAGGUUAUCCCAUGUCGACCAUGCAGAAAACGCGGCCAAGCCGCCCGUUGUACAAGAGAACCUGUCAUUGUUCGUGGGGUCAUCACCGUAGCGGAGGAUGUAGAGCCUGAGGCUGAGACUCGUAACCCCAUUCGAAGUAUACCCACAGAGAACAUCCAUAGUACGUGCGCUGAACCACCGCAACCAACUAGCUCUCGCGUGGAUGAUACUACUCUAGCCAGCCUCGAGGGAACAUCAAUACCUCAAUUUUCGUCACCCAUCAAAGCCUGGGGAGAUAUCAUCUUGCCUUCUCGCCAUCAAAGCAUGACUCUGGUUGAACAUGGAAGAUUAUGGACUUCCUGGAUUCAUUGUGCACUUGAUCAUGCCUCCUUUGAAGAACAACACAACAGGUUCUGGAACUGGCUAGGUCAAGGCCAUACGAUCGAGGAGAACUGUCCUGCCUGGCUGGCUAUUUUUUUCGCGUCACUUGCAGCAUCGCUCUUGACCAUUGAUACAGCUGAGGCUGAUAUAUCCGAGGAUAGUGUCUCAACGCUACUCGCCAACUGGUAUGGCGCAUCUUUGUUUUGCCUUGAACAAGCUGAUUACCUACGAAACUUCGAUAUCCGUAGCGUUCAGUCGAUAGCCAUCCUCCAAAUGUGCUGUAGUGCCGUGGGCGAUUUCCGUCUUCGCUCUUGCCUGCUGCCGCUUGGCAUCCGAAUAGCCAGUUGGUUGAAAUUGCCAUACAUUCCUGAGCAAGGCUACGAUUUACGUCAAUGUGAAUGGUCACGGCGGCUAUGGUGGACUCUGGUAAUCUGUGAAUGGUUAACUCUUGAUUCUCAUCGACCAUGUAUUUCAGAGGAAGACUUCGAUAUGGAAUUUCCCAGUGUGUCAGGUCGUCCGCACCUAAGUCAGUACCAUAAUUCUUUGAAUAUCAGUGAACAGAUCCCAGAACUUCCUAGCGCAUGGGUGUAUCAUCGAGUUAUUGCGCAGAUUGCGACGAUUUAUUAUCGAUUUCAGAGAGCCUCCCGUGGCAGAACCCAACCCCUGGGGGACCUGGUUACAACAGCCAACGAACAACUUGCUGCCGUUCUCGACAACCUCCCAUUUUAUUUACAGCCUGAUGGUCAACAUGCCACCGAUGCGGCAACCAUCGCUCAAUGUCCUUGGAUGGAAUGGCAGCGAGUGGAUUUGUGUAAUGCUUUACUCAGCUAUCGAAUUUUCAUCAACCGUAGCUUGCUCCAAGUGCCGUCUAUCUCAUCUGAACGGUCCAACGGUGCUCGCAAAAUAUGUACGGAAUCGGCUCAGAUGAUAAUCUCAAUUACUUCUAGUACCAAUAUUCCCGUUCACCAAAGACGAUAUGGGACUUACACCCUUCGUCUCUUCAAUGCUGGAUUGACACUGAUAUCAGAUGCACGGCAACAACAACAAAGUGGCGGUGUCGAAGCUUCCAAGUGGAUUACACAUAUUUUGCACUGUAUAAAACUACUGGAACAGGCCAGAGACCGCAAUCUAAUAGCCAAACGAGCCGCCGAGAUUUUGAGUAACAAAAUAGCCGAAUUUAAUCUACAUUGA